UAUGAUUACAUGGGCAACUGUGAAUACACAUUGGUUAAGACAUGUAUACCUUAUAUGGCAAUCAACCAAUCAAGUGUGAACUUUGAAAUCCUGCAAGAGAACAUGAACCUUGACACCAAUCCACGUGUUUCAGCAACUAAGAAAAUCACGUUGCUUUAUGACAACUAUAUGUUUGAGCUUUUGAGAGGACCUGAGCUACGUGUGGAUGGACUGAGAACAUCUCCACCUUUCAACAUGGAUGCUAUUGAAGUCAAGUUCAUACCUGGUUACCUGAUGCUUGUUAGUGACUUUGGUUUGAAGAUUCGAUGGGAUGGUGAAUACAAUGUGGAGAUCUACAUACAAGACGUUUUUAGUGGCCUGCUUUGUGGUUUAUGCGGUAACCUUGACUACAACACCACCAAUGAUUUUACAACCCCAGAGGGAGCACAG